AUGACCAGUCUGAUAGAUUUAGGUAGAUAUGUUGAAAGGGCACAUCAUGGUGAAGAAACAGAGCCAAGAGCGAAAAGAGUAAAAAUCUCAGGAACUGAUUUAUCUUCCUUCCAACCUGGAAGCAUUAUUAAGAUCCGUUUACAAGAUUUUGUGACUUACACUUUGACCGAAUUUAAUCUUUCACCGUCUUUAAAUAUGAUCAUUGGCCCAAACGGAUCUGGAAAAUCUACCUUUGUAUGCGCCGUGUGUUUAGGAUUGGCUGGUAAACCAGAGUACAUUGGUAGAAGUAAAAAAGUGGAAGAUUUCAUCAAAAAUGGUCAGGAUGUUUCAAGAAUUGAAAUUACUUUGAAAAAUUCACCCAAAAUUAAUGAUAUUGAACAUAUAGACGCACGUGAUGAAACAAUAAAGAUUACUAGAAUUAUUACUAGAUCUAAGAGGAGAUCAGAUUAUCUAAUAAAUGACUACCAGGUAUCUGAAAGUGCGGUUAAAACUUUAGUUGGUCAUCUGAACAUUCAAUUAGAUAAUCUCUGUCAAUUUUUAUCCCAAGAGCGUGUGGAGGAAUUUGCUCGCCUUAAAUCAGUUAAACUAUUAGUGGAAACUAUAAGGUCAAUCGAUGCAAGCCUAUUAGAUGUGCUGGAAGAAUUAAGAGAGCUACAAGGAAACGAGCAAAGCUUGCAAAAAGACCUCGAUGUUAAAAAAUCCAAAAUUGUUCAUUUGAGACAAGAAAGUGAUAAACUACGUAAAUCGGUGGAAUCUUUACGAAAUUUUCAAAAGAAAAAGGGUGAAAUUGAGUUGCACUCUCAAUUAUUACCUUAUGUGAAAGUAAAAGACCAUAAGGAAAAGCUGAGCAUCUAUAAAGAAGAAUACGAACGAGCGAAAGCGAAUCUGAGGGCUAUAUUAAAGGAUAAGAAACCAUUUGCAAAUACCAAAAAAACUUUAGAGAACCGGGUUGAAGAACUAACGGAGAAGUGUUCCCUAAAAAACGAUGAAUUUUUGAAAGCAAAAGAGAAGGUUAAUGAAAUCUUUGAAAAACUUAAUACUAUAAGGGAUGAGGUCGUCAAAAAGAAAAAUCAGAACGAAUAUUAUAGAGGCAGAACUAAGAAAUUACAAGCCACCAUUAUCGGUACAAAGGAAGAUUUACUAAGGAAUCAAGACAUAUUAGCGCAGACUCAUCUACCUGAAAAAAGUGUAUUUGAAGAUAUAGACAUCAAAAGAAAAGAGAUCAUCAAUAAAGAAGGGGAGAUCAGGGACCGCAUUUCCGAAAUUGAUGCAAAAGCGAAUGCUAUUAAUCAUGAAAUGAGAAGUAUACAGAGACAAGCGGAAAGCAAGACUAAAUCCCUUACCACAACUGAUAAAAUUGGAAUCUUAAAUCAAGAUCAGGAUUUAAAGGAGGUUCGUGAUGCUGUGUUGAUGGUUAGAGAGCAUGCAGAAAUGAAAGAUAAAAUUCUAGAACCACCGAUAAUUACCGUGUCUGCCAUUAACUCUCAAUUUGCUGCAUAUUUAGCUCAAUGUGUGGAUUAUAAUACAAGUAAGGCCUUAACUGUUGUUGAUUCCGAUUCUUACAAGCUGUUUGCGAACCCAAUUCUCGAUAAAUUCAAAGUCAAUUUGAGGGAACUAUCCAAUGCUGACAUCAACCCUCCUGUGCCAGCGGAAACACUUAAAGAAUUGGGAUUUGAGGGUUAUUUGUCUGAUUUUAUUACCGGUGAUAAGAGAGUUAUGAGAAUGCUUUGUCAAACUAACAAAAUUCAUACUAUACCAGUGUCCAGAAGGGAAUUGACGCCUGCCCAGAUAAAGAAGCUGAUUAAACCAAGACCAAAUGGUAAAAUUCUUUUUAAAAGAAUUAUUCAUGGAAAUAGGCUAGUCGAUAUUAAGCAAUCAGCAUAUGGUAGUAAGCAGGUUUUCCCCACUGACGUUAGUAUAAAACAAACCAAUUUCUAUCAGGGGUCAAUCAUGUCAAAUGAACAGAAGAUUAGAAUUGAGAAUGAAAUUAGCAACUUAAAGAACGAAUACGGCCAUCGGAAAUCCACAUUAGAUGGAUUGUCAAACCAGAAGAGUGGCUAUAGACACGAACUAUCUGAGUUGGCGUCAAAAAAUGACGAUAUCAAUAGAAAAGCUCAUCAAUUAAAUGAGAUUCGUAAGAAAUAUACUAUGAGGAAAAGCACAAUAGAAUCUCUUCAAGAAAAAUUGGAUCAACUAAAACGUGAAGCUAGGAAGGAUGUAUCACAAAAGAUUAAAGAUAUUGAUGAUCAGAUUCAGGAAUUAUUACUCAAGCAAUCACAGUUGCUUUCUAAAAUGGCUUCCUCGAUGAAGAAUUUAAAGAAUUGUCAGAAGGAGUUAAUGAGCUCCCAAAUCCUUCAAUUUGAAGCCCAAAAUAUGGACGUUUCCAUGAAUGAUGUGAUUGGAUUUUUCAAUGAAAGGGAGGCUGAUUUAAAGCGUCAGUAUGAAGAUAAGAAAAAAUUUGUAAAGGAAAUGAGGGACACUAUCGAAUUUCAAUCGUGGAUGAGAGAAAUUAGGUGUUAUGACGAACACACUAAGGAAAAAUUGAAUAAGGUAGCAGAAAAAUAUGAGGAAGAUGGGAAUUUCAAUUUGUCAUUCGUUCAAGAUGUUCUUGAUAAAUUAGAAUCGGAGAUAGCUAUGGUAAAUCACGACGAAUCAGCCGUAACAAUUUUGGAUCAGGUUUCAGCCGAACUGAGAGAAUUGGAGCAAACAGUUCCUCAGCAAGCUAGAGAUUUGGAGACCAUCAGAACUAAACUGAAAGAAGAUCAUGCACUUCUGGAACCCAAGUUGGAUGAUAUAGUAUCAAAAAUAUCGGCAAGGUUUGCGCGCUUAUUUAACAAUGUCGGGAGUGCUGGUGCAGUUCGUCUAGAAAAGCCAAAGGACUAUGCUGAAUGGAAGAUAGAGAUCAUGGUCAAAUUCAGAGAUAAUGCGCCAUUAAAAAAAUUAGAUUCUCACACGCAAUCAGGUGGUGAAAGAGCUGUCUCUACAGUUCUUUACAUGAUUGCUUUGCAAGAGUUUACCUCCGCCCCAUUCAGGGUAGUGGAUGAAAUCAACCAAGGUAUGGACUCAAGAAAUGAAAGAAUUGUCCAUAAAGCUAUGGUUGAGAACGCGUGUGCUGAAAACACUUCUCAAUAUUUUUUAAUCACUCCAAAAUUAUUGACCGGCUUGCAUUAUCAUGAGAAGAUGAGAAUACACUGUGUCAUGGCCGGCUCUUGGAUUCCAAACCCUUCUGAUGAUCCGAGGAUGAUACAUUUCGGCGAAACUUCUAACUAUUCGUUUGAUUAG